CUGCCUCCGCUCAGGGCUGCUGUCUCUUGUGCUGUCACGCUCAGGGCUGCUGUCUCUUGUGCUGUCAGCGCUCAGGGCUGCUGUCUCUUGUGCUGUCACGCUCAGGGCUGCUGUCUCUUGUGCUGUCAGCGCUCAGGGCUGCUGUCUCUUGUGCUGUCUCUGCUCAGGGCUGCUGUCUCUUGUGCUGUCACGCUCAGGGCUGCUGUUUCUUGUGCUGUCACGCUCAGGGCUGCUGUCUCUUGUACUGUCUCUGCUCAGGGCUGCUGUCUCUUGUGCUGUCACGCUCAGGGCUGCUGUCUCUUGUGCUGUCUCUCCUGCAUAUAGAGGUUAUGGAGUGAGACGCGGCUGCCAUGUCCUAGAGAAACCCCCCAGUGACCGCCCGAAUCUCUGAACCCCAGAAGACAUGAAUGCGGCAAGAGACCAGUCAAUGGCGGCCUCCAUCGGGAACGUGGACUGGCUACAGCUCUGUAUGAAGACAGCAGACUCUCAGGUCAAGGCAGAUGGAUACGGAUUUACCACCCUGCACAUGGCGGCCCUACACAGCCGCCUCCAGUGCCUAAAACUCCUGCUGGAAGACUACGGCAUGGAUGUCAACGUGCCCAGUGUGUACGGGUGGAGGGCGCUGCACCUGGUGAUGAAUCGGAAGAGUGGGCAGCGGGCAAUGCCAUGUCUGCGGUAUCUGCUGCAACGAGGAGCCGACGUGAACGUAAAGAGCCAGAACCUGACGACCCCCCUGCACCGGGCGGCCAGCGAGGGUCUGGAGGACUGUAUAGCUGUGCUGGUGGAAGCUGGAGCUGAUGUCCACGCCAGGGACUCCGAGGGCAACAAACCCAUCGACCUGUGUCAUCUCUGGUGCCGCCGAUCCUCAGCCAGGUUCCUCCGCAGUGCGAUGUGGAAGAAGGACAAGGAGGACGAUGCGCGGGAGCUGAAGACAUUGGUAGAAAUCAGACGAAAGAUUGAGAAACUGGAUAAAAACAUCUUCUUACAGAUGACAAUUCCAUCUAACGACUCCACAGAAACCAAGAAAACAAGUAUGAAAAGGGAAACUUUUCCAAGGUCUGGAGCAGCUCAUCAUGGUGCGGACUCUAGAUACUGUCGAGGAGGAAAGGCCAAGCAGAUGAAAACAAGAUUCACUGGAAAAGAAAGUAACAAAAACGCAAUAGUACCCAAAGGGAGAGGAAAGCAAGUAAGCGAAGGAAGGAAGUCAACAUCUAAGAAUUCUUCAUGGAAUCCAAGCACCAACCCACAUAAACCACCAACCUUGUAUAUUAACCGGUCCCCAACACUCUGGCAGGGUAUUUACCAAGAAGAUGUCACCAAAAAGGACAUUAGCUCUAAAGUUUUGCUCACUAAAGAUGAGCAAGGGCAACUGCAAAUCCAGACUUUACAACAUCAAGUCUUCUCUCCACCAAACUUGCCAUAUGAAGUUAUCGAGAGGUGCCUGUUCCCGAAGAGAGGUCCUCAAGACAGGAUCCAGAUUCCCAAAGAUUUCAAGGCCACUCAUGUUUUCGAUGUACCAAGAAAGCAGCAGCCCCCAGAAUCCCAAAAGCCGGUGUCAGAAAUCUCUCUUCACUUAAGGCGAAACCUCGACUCGAAGUUCAGGAAGUCGCCUAAAGAACCGGCACCACUGAAAGCUGUUCCCUUAUAGCUGAGUAAGGUCCAUUAAAACUUUCCUGUCGUUAUGAGAGCACUUGAUCUGAACUAUAUGGACAAUUGUUUGGUAGCACAAUCUGAUCACUUAAUAAUCUCUCAUUUUCAAACUCAAGAAGAUUCAUAAUUCAGAUGAGUAAUGCAAUGUAUAAAAGUGG